AUAGACUCGCUCCAGCGUUCAGGUACUAAGUGUAACACAUCUGCAUCAUGCGUGAAUAUAAGCUUGUCGUUCUUGGCUCAGGAGGUGUUGGAAAGUCAGCUCUGACUGUACAGUUUGUUCAAGGAAUUUUUGUUGAAAAGUAUGAUCCUACGAUAGAAGAUUCUUAUAGAAAGCAAGUUGAAGUAGAUGCACAGCAGUGUAUGCUUGAAAUCCUGGACACUGCAGGAACGGAACAAUUUACAGCAAUGAGAGAUUUGUACAUGAAGAAUGGACAGGGCUUCGCUUUGGUUUACUCCAUCACAGCGCAGUCCACGUUUAAUGACUUACAAGACCUGAGAGAGCAGAUUCUCCGGGUUAAAGACACUGACGAUGUUCCGAUGAUUCUGGUGGGCAAUAAAUGUGACUUGGAAGACGAAAGAGUUGUAGGGAAGGAACAAGGUCAAAACCUAGCAAGACAAUGGAACAACUGUGCAUUCUUAGAAUCUUCUGCAAAAUCAAAAAUAAACGUUAAUGAGAUCUUUUACGACCUAGUGCGGCAAAUUAACAGAAAAACUCCAGUGCCUGGCAAGGCCCGCAAAAAGUCGUCGUGCCAGCUGCUUUAAUGCCCUGGGUGUGUUGUAGCUCUGAGCCAGGUCUGAAGAACUGUUGCCCAAUUCAACAGUGCCAGCAUUCCAACUUUGUAAACCUACCAACGUCUUCACUGGACUUUCCUGUGGUGGUGCCCUUGAGAGGCGGAUGAAAGCCACUGUAUCAGUUUGCACAUUCUAAUCACUUUCCAGUAUCACAAGAGAUUUUUACUUCUAUAAUAGGUUCUAGAGUAUGCAGCUGGUCAGACCAGAGGCUACAUCCAGUAUUACUGCUAAGAGACAUUCUUCAUCCACCAAUGUUGUACAUGUAUGAAAAUGGUGUACUGUAUACUUUACCACACCCCAUACUUUGUAUUGGAGAGUACAAUAAUGUAAAUCCUAAAAGCACCACUAUUUUAGCAUAAUAAAAGAAAGUCCAAAGAGCUCCUAUAUAGACUACUCCAGAUAACUUCGCUUCUUUGAUACUUGUAGCUUAUUGUAAUUUUUUUUUAAAUUCAAGGUCAUUAUCAUUGUAUUAUACAAAAAUAAGCGCUUUGAUUAACACAGCUAUAUAGUUUUUUUAAUUUUUCAAAAUCCUGUGGAGACAGUGAUCUUGUCUUUAAAAUAUGAUAGUCCUUUCAGUAUAAUGUCUUAGAUUAAAGACGUUGCCUUUAAUAUCUGUUGGGAAGGAAAUGUCCAGACUUUUCAGAUCUCCUUAUUAUAUGUUUCCUUUUUUGUUUACAUAGGGAACAAUGUUUAUAGUUGUGUGUACAGUGGGGGUCUACAACAAGAAGUGUAUAUUUUCAAACAAUUUUUUAAUGAUUUAACAAUUUUGUAAAUCAUUUCCAGGCUUCUGCAGCUGUAGAUUCUCACUGUGACUCCCUUGCUUGCUCAUGCCUACGUGUGUCUGCAAUACCAAAUACACAGGGGUAGUGCUUUUGCCUGUUAGUGAUUGUUUCUCAUGUGUAACGUUUUGGUUGAGAUGUUAAAUGGUGGACGAGUACUGUGGAUGUGAAUGUGGAAAGUAAUUUUAAUCAUGUGUAAUUGGUCACAAGGCCUAACUGCAGUAACUCCUGCUGUUUUAUUUAACAAUGCCUUGUUGCUUUGUGUGCAUUAACGUUUGAGUGUAAAGAUUGUGUGUCCAUCCAACAGGGAGCCACAGUGUUUAAAUUGACCAACCUGAUGUUACAAGGACUUUGAGGUGGCCAAAUGUAAACUAAAAGCCUUAAUUAAAGUGGUGCAAUUUUGUAUAACUUAGCAUCCGUAGUUCAAUAAAUUUGGAUUGCCGUGCAAGGGCUUGCAUUAUAAUUACUUGCCACUUGAAUGUGUUUUGUGUAAUGUUUUAACAGUGCUAGUAAAUAAAUAUGGGUUUACCUUUUUAAAUGUAA